AUGUUUGGGCCUGCAGAUCUGAGGCUGGGCAGCACCCCCCUCCUGCUGGUCCUCGGGGUGCUCGCCAACGUCUUCAAUUUCGGGGUCAUGUUGGUGCAGCAGUGCAGGUCCGGAGGUGUGAAGACCGUCGCCAUCAUCGUCUGCUUCAUCUCACUGAGCAACAUCCUGCUGCAGAUCUCCACCUUCGUCCUUGUGGCCUCGGUCUGGGUCGGGGUGCUCCGCUGGCUGGACUUGACUUUCUUCUACUGUGUCGUCCUGUUCGUGUGGCUCAGCAGCAGCUCCGUCAGCUUCUGGUCUGUCGCCCGGCUCAGUGUCUUCUACUGCGUGAGGAUUCUGAGCUUCACCUCAGUUCUCUUCAAAACAUUCAAGGAGAACAUCUCAACCAUCCUGAAUGUCACCCUGGUGGUGACCUUGCUGACCUCCUGCGUGAUGUUCACACCUUUCCUGUCCCUCCACUAUCACAGCAAAACUCUUGUUCCAAACGUGACAGAGGAGGCUGCUUGUGUCAUCAGGAAGCCUCUGUUCCCAGCCUGGGUCGACGUCAAUGUUUAUGUGAUCACCUUCAUCUGCUACCUCACCCUGAUGCCCUCCAUGAUCAUGCUCCCGACCUCACUGAGGCUGGUCGUCUACCUCCGCAAACACACGCUGUCCGUGCUGAAGAAGCAGAGCAGCUCUCACACCGCAGAGUCGUACCUGCUGGUCUGCAGGGUGACGGUGGCUCUGGUCUGGGUUUACCUCACCACGCUGCUCACCAUCUCGUUCUACUACUUCCACGCCAUCUUUGCCUCAGGGCUGAGUGCAGACAUGCUCUUCUUCAGCUUGUCGUUUUAUUGUGUGGCCUCGGCAAUCCUCCUCAACCGCUCCAACAAAAACCUGCGAGAGAAGCUCAGAGUGCUGAUUGGCAGGGGGAAGAACUUAAACACACCAGCCAGGAGCGCUGAGGAUAUUUGA